UGCGCGGUAUGCAGCGGGACGUGGGCAGCCUGCCGCUGAGCCCCGCGCUGCGCGCCCGCCUGCUGGCAGCCGGCUUCCAAACAGCGCAGGAGCUGCUGGAGACCGGUCCGUGCGGGCUGAGCAAAGAAAUUGGGGUCUCCAAAGAAGAGGCACUGGAAGCAUUACAGGUUGUCAGGCAAGAAUGUGCUGGCGAUGCAGCAAAGACGGCUGGGGGGUCAGACAGCACCAGGAAGUGCACAGCUCUGGAACUUCUGGAAGAAGAGCAAGCGCAGGGCUUCAUCAUCACCUUUUGUUCAGCGCUGGACAACAUUCUGGGAGGUGGUGUGCAACUGACAAAAAUUACUGAGAUCUGUGGAGCACCUGGUGUUGGGAAAACACAACUAUGUAUGCAGCUGGCAGUGGAUGUCCAGAUCCCGGAAUGCUUUGGGGGUGUAGCUGGGGAAGCAGUGUUCAUUGAUACUGAAGGCAGUUUUAUGGUAGACAGAGCAGCGGAUAUUGCAGCUGCCUGCGUGCGGCAUUGCCAGCUUAUUGCUGAAGCUCAUCAAGAAGAAGAUCAUCUAAAAGCUUUGGAGACUUUUUCUCUGGAAAGUAUCCUUUCUCACAUAUAUUACUUCCGUUGCCGUGACUACAUAGAGCUUCUAGCACAGGUCUAUCUCCUCCCAGACUUUCUUUCAGAGCACUCAAAGGUCCGACUGGUGGUAAUUGAUGGAAUUGCCUUUCCCUUUCGCCAUGAUUUUGAGGACCUCUCGCUUCGAACACGGCUUUUGAAUGGUCUGGCACAGCAGCUGAUCAUCAUAGCAAAUGAUCACAAGGCAGCGGUUGUUCUGACAAACCAAAUGACAACCAGGUUUGGACAAAACCAGUCCAUGUUGGUACCUGCAUUAGGAGAAAGCUGGGGACAUGCUGCUACCGUGCGUUUAAUCUUUCACUGGGACAACACUCAGAGGUUGGCAACAUUGUACAAAUCACCGAGUCAGAAGGAGUCAACCAUACCAUAUAACAUUACAGUUAGUAUUUCUCUUGGGAUGGAGGUACAGAGAUGGGAACGAAGUGUUGGAUGUAAAGAAAUUGUCAGACCCUCAGGGCUUCCGAGAUGUGCAGCCUCCACCUGUCACCCAAAAUGCAGAAGGUACUGAAAUGAACCCUCGCAAACGGCCACGGAGAGAAGAGGAAAAGCAACAGUGAUUCAAAAGAACCAUUCCAAAAAGCUGUGCUGCAUGAGAACAACCAUGGAGAGAGCAUGCAGCCAGAGGCAGCCGGAGAGGUUCUUUAAAUUCCUACUCUGGACUUUAUUUUAUUGUUAAAACUGUAAUAUGAAUUUUUUUUCUGGCAGAAAAAUUACCUGUGUA